AUGGACGCCGCCCUCAGCCGCAAACGCUCGCGCCUCGCCCUGGACGACGAUGCCGCCGUCGCUGACGACUCGCUCAAGCGCUCGCGCACCCAAGGUGAGCUGGAGGAGCUCGACGUGAUCCCGCCAGCGGAGGCGUGGACCGUCGAUGUGGCCGCCAUGCUCGCGUCCAAGACGCUGGCGGCGCCGCCCGGGAGCAGCCUGCGCCCGCACAACAACGCGCACCGGCUCAUCAAAGGGUCCCUCCUCGUGCUCUCCGUGUUGCCACAGCUCUACGCCCUCUCGCCCUCUCUGCAAGCCCUCGUCCUCUGCCGCGACCCCUCCACCCACAUGCCCUCUGCAGCUGCCACGUACUCGCUGCCCCUGAUCCAAGCCGUGGGCCCUGGCUACAACCAUUUCGUGCGCCUCGGCCUGCUGCAUCCCCUCGGUGGAGGCGAACACCCGCUAGAUGCCCUGGUCGUCAUCGAUGGGCGCGCAAAGCGAAGGCUGGUGCUGCCCUUCGGAUGGGGUGCUGGCAAGCAUGCCGAUACCUCAGCCGGGCACAUCGUGCAGAUGCACUUGGUGAACUUGUUGACAUCGUGCGUCGAGAUGCUGGCACGCGAGUGA